CGUAGUUGUGCCUUGGUUUUGCAUUGCACGUUUCUUUCCUCACUUUCUUCUUCUUCCUCCGCUUCUCCCUACUUUCUCUCUCUCUCUCUGAGUCUCUCUUACGUUCUUCUUCCUCCUUCUCUCUCUCUCUCACUCCCUUAAUAACGUCGCGCGUCUCUCCUUUUCAACCAUCAUACAACUCUUCUUCCUCUCUCUCUCUCUCUCUCUCUCAAUCCGUUUCUCGAAAAAUUCUCAGCAAUCUGCAGCAGCAUGAACGUCAUGUUUGCUGGCUUUUGAGUUUGUUACUAGAGUUUUGUCUCAAUACCAAAGAAGAUAAGACUUUUUGAGGUCCUUUGACUUCAGAUUCUUCUGAAUCUCCAAAUGCUAAGUUUCUCUAGAGCCAGAAGCCAAGGAAGAAACACAAGACCUCUUACAGGAGGGAUGGAUUAUUUGGAACCGAAAAGGAAGAGCAAUGUCAUGGGCAGGAUUAUAUUGGUAGCUUCUCUUACAGCUUUAUGCAUUCUUAUGCUCAAGCACGCACCGAGUUUCACAUCCCCAACCGCGUUCUCUCGUAGCGAGGAAGGAGUGACUCAUGUGUUAGUCACUGGUGGCGCUGGAUAUAUCGGAUCACAUGCUGCAUUGAGGCUGCUAAAGGAUUCAUACCGUGUAACCAUUGUGGACAAUCUUUCUCGAGGGAAUCUUGGAGCAGUCAAGGUUUUACAGGGAUUGUUCCCAGAAGCUGGGAGGCUUCAAUUCAUUUAUGCCGACUUAGGAGAUGCCAAAGCUGUCGAUAAAAUCUUCACAGAGAACGCGUUUGAUGCUGUUAUGCAUUUUGCCGCUGUAGCAUAUGUUGGAGAGAGCACCCUAGAUCCUCUAAAGUAUUACCACAACAUUACAUCAAACACAUUAGUAGUUCUUGAAGCUGUGGCUAGACAUAAAGUGAAGAAGUUGAUAUAUUCAAGCACAUGUGCCACUUAUGGAGAACCUGACAAAAUGCCUAUCACUGAAAUUACACCACAGGUCCCGAUCAACCCUUAUGGAAAAGCUAAGAAGAUGGCUGAAGAUAUGAUCCUUGAUUUCUCCAAGAACUCUGACAUGGCGGUCAUGAUCCUAAGAUACUUUAACGUGAUCGGUUCAGACCCAGAAGGUAGACUAGGAGAAGCUCCAAAGCCCGAGCUACGAGAACAUGGACGAAUUUCAGGUGCUUGUUUUGAUGCAGCUCGUGGCGUGAUUCCAGGCCUGCAGGUCAAAGGAACAGACUACAAAACAGGAGAUGGAACCUGUGUCCGUGACUACAUAGACGUUACUGAUCUCGUAGAUGCUCACGUGAAGGCUCUCGAGAAAGCUAAGCCAAGAAAUGUGGGAAUCUACAAUGUAGGUACCGGGAAAGGAAGAUCGGUGAAGGAGUUUGUGGAAGCUUGCAAGAAAGCGACAGGAGUAGAUAUCAAAGUAGAUUUCUUGCCUCGACGACCUGGAGAUUACGCCGAGGUUUACAGUGAUCCAGCUAAGAUUCUGAGAGAUCUUAAUUGGUCUGCUCGUUUCACUAAUCUUCAAGAAAGUCUUGAAGUUGCUUGGAAGUGGCAAAAGACCCAUCCCCAUGGAUAUGCUUCUUCUUAAAAGACAAACAAAGACAAAAGUGCUCUAAUUUUUUUUUUUGCAUAAUCUUUUUUGAGAGAUUAGCUUAUAGAAAGGAACUGAUUUAUAUCACAGACUUUAUACAGUUCAAUAAUUAUAUCAUGGUUAUUUAAUACAAUUUAUGUAAGAAUUAAUCAGUGUAUAGUCAUUUUAUACCUUCAUUUACCAUUUUGCUUCCUCUCAAAACUC